GUGUGGCUCUUCAACCUCAAAUAAAAUCAAAGCAAUUUCGAGAGAAAAAAAGAGAGGAUUUUUGAGAGAUUUUCCAUCUUUUCUUCUGCAAUUCAACGACUUCCUCUUCUUUUCUUCUCCCCCUCUGUAUAUCCCGCUUCUCUGUAAUCCUUUCUGUCAUCAUCUGUCUUCUGGAAAAGCUGUUUUAUUUUUAUUUUUAAUUGGGUGGUGAGAGAACUGAGAUUCAGUUCUUUUGAUUUGUUGGGUUUUUUCUUUUCUUUUCUUUUCUUUUCUUUUUGUGAUUUUUAGAAUUUAAUCAGCCAAGAGGGUUUGUUUUUCUAUCCCUCAAGUUGGGUUUUUUUUUUUUUUUUUUGUAAUUUUCUUGGAGAAAAGAAGGUGUUUUUAUCAUAAAUCUCUUUGCUCCUUUGUGUAGAAAGGUCUUUUGGGUUUCUAUCCUUUUCAAAUUCCUUGCCUGUUCUUUGGUUUUUAUAAGAAUCAGGUGGGUUUUUAUUUUUUUUUCUUUUAAUUUGGGCAUCUUUUUCUUGUAAUAUACUAGGAAGUCUUUAAAAAUCUUUGCUUGUUAGAGAAGGCAAUGGCAACUGCUAUAGAUUACUACAGUAGCAGGCCUGUUUUCUCAGAAACAUUUGGUGGAGAGCUCAUGAAAGCACUGCAGCCUUUUAUCAAAGGUGCUUCAACCUCUUCCACCACAUCUCCUCCUCUCCCUUUCCCCUCUUCCUCUUCUCCUUCUUCCUAUUCCUUAUCUCCUUCUUUCUCUUCUCUUUCAAAUCUCCCAUCUGAUUCUUGUUCAACUUCCUCAACCCACAUGGAUUUUCAAGGGUUCUCUUGCUUUGAUCAAAUGGGUCUCGCCCGAUCAGGCCCGAUUGGGCUUAACCAACUCAACCCAUCUCAGAUUCAGCAGAUCCAAGCCCAAAUUCAGCAACAGCAGCAGCAGCAGCAAAUGGCUCUUGCUGCUAACCAGGGUCUUCGGCAUUUGCAGCAACAGGUUGGGAGUUUCCUUGGCCCACGGGCCACCACCCCCAUGAAGCAUGCUGGCUCGCCGCCAACGAAGCCUAUGAAGCUCUACCGAGGCGUCCGGCAGCGGCAUUGGGGGAAAUGGGUGGCGGAGAUUCGGCUACCGAAGAACCGUACCCGGCUGUGGCUUGGCACAUUUGACACUGCUGAAGAGGCUGCCUUGGCUUAUGACAAGGCUGCAUAUAAGCUCCGUGGGGAGUUGGCAAGGCUGAAUUUCCCACAUCUCCGCCAUCAAGGGUUUCUUUUUGGAGAUGAAUUCAGCAACUGCAGACCUCUCCAGUCUUCUGUUGAUGCGAAGCUUCAAGCAAUUUGUGAAAGCUUGGCUAAUCCGCAUAAACAGGUGAAUCUGCCUGACCCCAUUUUCUCCGUCGAGGCAAAGAUUGAUAUCCGAACGCAGAUGGGUUCUUCCAGGUUCACCCCAGUGUCAGAGGUUACAGAUGUUGCGAAUGUGGAAAUUGGCUUCUUCGGUUCUGAAGAUAGUCACAAGGUGGAGAACGUGAGCUUGCCAUCAGUAUCCGACAGCGACGAUUCUCCUGGAUCUUCACCAGCUUCUGAUACAAAGUACCCAGAUUUCAAUGAACUGUCGUGGGAUGAAUCAGAGAGCUUUCUGUUGCAGAAGUUUCCGUCGUUGGAGAUCGAUUGGGAUGCUAUCCUCUCCUAAUUGUCUGUCUAAACUUUUAUCCAGCUUUCAAUAUCCCUUGUUGGUCUUUUUUGCAAUUUUAGUUUGGGAUCUCCAGUAGCUGUUUGCGAUGGUUUUUUUCACAUUUGCAAAGCUGCUGUUGAGAGUGUUUGGGUGUGGUAAUUAGGUGUCAUUAUCAGUAAUUAGGAUUAGAGUCUGCAUUAGUGUAAUUUUAUUUUAUUUUUUUAACAAGUUAAGAUCCCUGGAAUGCUGGUUUUUUCUUGCAAUGCCAGGGAGGAGUCUCUCAUGUACUUUGUUUGUAGCAGUGUAGUUAUCAAUGUAGUGUUGUUAUUAUGUGGUGUAA